CGUGAAUGCAACCACAAUUUCCAAAACACUCUAAUUGUAGAUGAGUCACUCGUUACCAUCAUUCUUUUUCAUCGAUCACACAUAGACAUAGAAUGUGAAAUCCUCAUCAGCCAGCCUCUAUGACAUUGCAGAACUAAUAAAUCGAUUGCCACGUUCUCUCCAUAUACAGUACUCUACACGUGUUGACACCACCUUAGCCAUGAUGACAGCCAACUCAACAGCAACCACAGACCAGAGGGCCGUGUUUUUCUUCGACAUUGACAACUGUCUAUACCCCAAAAGCAAAAAUGUUCACGAUCACAUGGCCAUCCUGAUAAACAAGUACUUUACUACCCAUCUCGAUAUUCCCCCGGACGAAGCGACUCGGCUCCACCUGCAGUACUACAAGGACUACGGCUUGGCGAUAGAAGGGCUGUCUCGGUUUCACAAGAUCGAUCCUCUGGAUUUUAAUCGGGAAGUGGAUGACGCAUUACCACUGGACGACUUGCUCUCCCCUGACCCCGUCGUGAGACAAGUUCUGGAAUCUUUCGACAAGACCAAAGUAAAGAUGUGGUUGUUUACCAAUGCACACAUCAAUCAUGGGCGGCGUGUGGUCAAACUGCUGGGGAUUGAAGACUUGUUCGAAGGAAUCACCUACUGCGACUAUUCCCAAAGCCCUCUUGUGCCCAAACCUCUCCCGGCCAUGUUCGACAAAGCUGAGCGGGAAGCUGGAGCGACCGGCCACGACCCCAGCAACAUCUACUACGUGGAUGACUCGUUUCUGAAUUGCGAGGCUGCCUUUGCUCGUGGCUGGGUGAAUACGGUGCAUUUGGUUGAACCACAAGUGCCGUCACCGCCAGACCAAGCGAGCAGAUAUCAAAUCAGUCAUCUGGGACAAUUACUAGAACUUUUUCCGGAAAUUACCACAAAGAGGUCGGGCUUGGAGAAUGGAUUGGAAAAAGUGAGAUGAAGAGGUUAAGUUAUAAUACAGGAACCAGCAUUCCAUUCGCUUUUGAAAACCUAGACCAUAUGCAGUCGGCAUACAACGGUGAUACAACGGGCUAAAUUGAACAAGAGAACAAAAGGGCUCAAACGCUGCGCGGAGCAAUAGAAAACCACCCCUAUCCCAUCCAGAUCAUAAAGUCGUAAAAAUUUCCGGGUGUGGGCCAUAUAAAGUUUUACGAGCCCACCAUCAGCCGUCUCUGGCCGUGGAGGUCGCUGGGACUGAAUUUCCAAACGUCGGCAUACCUCUUCGCGUGCCAGUUCCGGACGACUGCCUCGAUAAGCCACGGGA